CGCCUCCAGGGCCGUGGGAAGGCUACUUCAAAGGUGACGAUGCCACCCCACUCCACCCAACUCAACUCAGUGACUCCACCAACGCACUCGCCGUCUUCAACACCCUCUUUUCGUUAAUCCCCCACCAGCCAGAUUGGUGCGCGCUGCUCUCGCAGCUCACAACAAUAACAGUCCGGGAGGCAUGCAGCUCUGAUACCCAGGACAACGGUAGUGCGUGAGAGCGAGCGAGAGAGAGAGUGAGACACGAAGGGGUAGUGAGACCUGAGAGGGAAUGUGACUUGAACUCUUGGAUACGUUCCUCAUUUUUUCGUCUCUAUUCCGUUGCCAAAUUAUCCACAGGUGCGAAGAUAGUUGAUUUCGCCACUGGGCACCUGUGCUCUUUACAGAAUUUCUUUCUUUCGGAGGUGGGUUGUGCCUUAUUGGGUUGUGCUCUGUUGGGUUUGUGUGGGUGAGUGGCGGCUGGGGAGUGGGAGGAGAAGAGAGCAGGUGGGGGAGGGUUGAGCUUGUUGCUUUCAUGGUUCAGGGAUCGAUGAUGCACAUGCAGUCGCUGUGCUCGUCCUCUGUUCCGUUAUGCGUUUAUGGGGACCUUGCGGGGGUGUCCUCUGCUGGCGGUGGUAGGAUCUCCUCUGCUUCUUUGCGCUCUGCGCUGUGUGUGUCGUCGCCGUUGGUGGGGGUGAACAAGUAUGGGAAACGGAUGGGGAUGAGGCCGCAGGUUCAAGUGCCCCAGAGAAAAUCUGGUUUGGUGUAUGCGAAAGCCGAGGCAGUGUUGGGUUUGGAGGAGAACAAGGACGGAGCGGUUUCGGUGAAUGGGGCGUCCCCAGCGAAUCCAGGCGUUGAGGGGGCACAGAGCCAGUCCAUGGAGAUCGAUUUGGUGACGGAGGCUGAAUUGAAGGAGAAUGGGUUCCGCAGCACAAGGAGGACGAAGCUGAUAUGCACUAUCGGUCCUGCCACAUGCGCACCGGAGCAGCUUGAGGCGCUGGCAAUAGGGGGUAUGAACGUGGCCCGUCUCAAUAUGUGCCACGGCACGAGGGAAUGGCACACGGAAGUGAUUUGCAAUGUGCGCAGGUUGAAUUCCGAGAAGGGCUAUUCCGUGGCUAUCAUGAUGGAUACCGAGGGUAGCGAAAUCCACAUGGGGGAUUUCAAUGGCGCUCCGUCUGUUAAAGCCGAGGAUGGCGAGGAAUGGAUUUUCACGGUCCGCAAGUUCGGUACUCUGCCGGAGUUCACCACAAUUGUAAACUACGACGGUUUUGCUGAAGAUGUGAAGGUUGGAGAUGAAUUGGUGGUGGACGGAGGCAUGGUUCGAUUUGAAGUGAUUGAGAAAGUUGGCCCUGAUGUGAAGUGCAAGUGCACUGAUCCUGGUCUCCUGCUUCCUCGUGCGAAUUUGACCUUCUGGAGGGAAGGUCGGCUGGUCCGAGAGCGAAAUGCGAUGCUUCCCACCAUCUCAUCCAAGGAUUGGAUUGAUAUUGACUUUGGAAUUGCAGAAGGGGUGGAUUUCAUUGCCAUUUCCUUCGUGAAGACAUCUGAGGUUAUCAAGCAUCUGAAAAGCUACAUUCAAGCAAGAUCACCGAACGGGUCUAUUGGAGUAUUUGCUAAAAUUGAGAGUAGUGAUUCUUUGAAGAACCUAGAAGACAUCAUUCGUGUUUCAGACGGAGCUAUGGUAGCCCGGGGCGAUUUGGGCGCUCAAAUUCCACUGGAGCAAGUGCCAUCUGUACAGCAGGCGGUCGUUAACCUAUGCCGGGAGCUCAACAAGCCAGUCAUUGUAGCGUCACAACUUUUAGAGUCCAUGAUUGAAUUCCCCACGCCUACCCGGGCAGAGGUGGCAGAUGUAUCAGAAGCUGUGAGACAACGAGCAGACGCUUUGAUGCUCUCAGGAGAGUCCGCCAUGGGCCUGUUUCCAGAGAAGGCUCUGAGCGUCCUUCGUACUGUUAGCCUCCGAAUGGAGUCCUGGUGCCGUGAAAAUAAGCAACAUGCAUCUGAUCGUCUUCCAGAACUCUCUCCUGCGCUCGAUGACCGAAUCUCAGAGAACAUUUGCAACUCUGCCUCUCAGAUGGCUAACAGAUUGGGAGUGGACGCCAUUUUCGUAUACACCCGGCGCGGCUACAUGGCGUCUUUGCUGUCAAGGUGCAGGCCCGACUGCCCGAUCUUUGCCUUCACGGAUACCAAGAUGGUCCGACAACGACUUAACCUCCAGUGGGGGCUGAUUCCCUUCCGGCUGGACUUCUCCGGAGACAUGGAGAGCAACCUUCGCAGGACGUUUGCGCUGCUCAAAGCGCGUGGGAUGAUGAAGAAGGGCGACUUAGUAGUGGCAGUAUCAGACAUCUCCGAGGCCGACAUGUUGCAAUCCAUCCAAGUUCGGAGGAUUCCUUGAUAGGGUUUCUCUCCUUCUUUCCAAGAAAGAUUCAGUUCUUCUAACUUUUGAAUAUGGAAGGGCCGGGUUAAAGAGGUCACUUGCAGAGGCCCGCUUGGGUUAUGUGGCUAGUUGUGGAGUGAACUUCUCGGUCAAAGACUACUAGGGUGAAUAUGGAAGUUGCCUAUGGAAGAGUUAUCUGAAGGCUUGUACGAGAGCUUACUGGAGAUUAUAGUUGGAAUUGAUUUUUGCAGCAGCACCAGCAGCACCUGCAGCAGGCACGUGAGCAGGCUCUUGGCUGGUUGCCGCAAGUGCGUCAUGCCACCUUCGUGGUACAACACCAAGCAUUGAUUGUCGCAAGAUGAGCUCCUGCUUCUAGCUGUUACACAGAUCUGAAGUCAUAAGACAUGUCACGAUUGUAAUACACGAUAUUGGCCAGCUUGUGUUCAAUCGAAACACUUCUGCUGGCAGUUAUUAGACAUGUAAAUUGCGUUUGAGCUUUGUGAUGUUUUUCGCAUUCUAACCUUUACUCGGGACAAGAGUGAUAACAUA